AUGGGGGCGCCCCCCGGUUACCGGCCCUCAGCUUGGGUGCAUCUCCUCCACCAGCUGCCCCGCGCCGACUUCCAGCUCCGCCCGGUGCCCAGCGGCUUUGCGCCCCAGGAGCAGGGAUACCAGCAGGCCCUGUUGCUGGUGGCGGCCUUAGCGGGCCUGGGCUUGGGCCUGAGCCUCGUCUUCAUCGCUGUCUACCUCAUCCGCUUCUGCUGCUGCCGGCCCCCAGAGCCGCCGGGGGCUAAGAGCCCCCCGCCCGGGGGAGGCUGUGUGACCUGGAGCUGCAUCACCGCCCUUCUCGUCGGCUGCACCGGCAUUGGCAUCGGUUUCUAUGGCAACAGCGAGACUAGCGAUGGUGUGUCCCAGCUCAGCUCGGCACUGCUGCAUGCCAACCACACGCUCAGCGCCAUUGACCACCUGGCGCUGGAGACGGUGGAGAGGCUGGGCCAGGCGGUGAGCACAGAGCUGACCACCCUGGAGGAGGUGCUCGCCCAGCGCACGGAGCUGGUGGCCGCCGCCCGGGGGGCCCGGCGGCAGGCGGAGGUGGUGGCCCUGCAGCUGCGGGGGCUGGCCUUUUGGCAGGGCGUGCCCCUGAGCCCCCUGCAGGUGGCCGAAGACGUGUCCUUCGUGGAGGAGUACAGGUGGCUGGCCUACGUCCUGCUGUUGCUGCUGGAGCUGCUGGUCUGCCUCUUCACCCUGCUGGGCCUGGCGAAGCAGAGCAAGUGGCUGGUGGUCGUGAUGACCGUGAUGAGUUUCCUGGUUCUUGUGCUGAGCUGGGGCUCCAUGGGCCUGGAGGCGGCCACGGCCGUGGGCCUCAGCGACUUCUGCUCCAACCCAGACACCUAUGUGCUGAACCUGACCCAGGAGGAGACCGGGCUGAGCUCAGACAUCUUGAACUAUUACUUCCUCUGCAACCAGGCCGUCUCCAACCCCUUCCAACAGAGGCUGACCCUGUCCCAGCGAGCGCUGGCCAACAUCCACGCGCAGCUGCAGGGCCUGGAGCGGGAAGCCGUGCCUCAGUUUCCUUCUGCGCAGACGCCCCUGUCGUCCCUGGAGGAGACGCUGAACGUGACCGAAGGGAACUUCCACCAGCUGGUGGCGCUGCUGCACUGCCGCGGCCUGCACAAGGACUAUGGCGCUGCCCUGCGGGGCCUGUGCGAGGACGCCCUGGAGGGCCUGCUCUUCCUGCUGCUCUGCUCCCUCCUGUCGGCGGGGGCCCUGGCCACCGCCCUGUGCAGCCUGCCCCGCGCCUGGGCCCUCUUCCCGCCCAGUGACGACUACGAGGACGCGGACGAGGACGACCCCUUCAACCCUCAGGAGUCCAAGCGCUUUGUGCAGUGGCAGUCGUCUAUCUGAGCCCCUCCUCCCGGCCCGGAGCCUGCCCGCCUCUCCGCUCCUCCCCUGGCUGCCGGAGGAAACCCCACUAACCUGGCCGGCGGGGCUCUGACCACGGACACCCACGCCGGGCUGCCCCCUUCCGUCCCUAGCCUGGGCUCAGAGGGGGCCGGCCGGGGACCAGGGCUGGGGGACACGAACCCCCCGGCUCUGCCGCGUCCCAGAUCUGAACUUGCGGUGCCAACGCGACAAGGGCUGGUUUGAAAUA